UAGAAUACAAAUAAAUAAGGCCGCUAUGUAAUUUUUAUUUGCAUUUUAUAUAACCGUUUGGUAAUAUAUUUUACACUUUGAUAACAUAUAAGAUAAACAUCUAUCAUAUUAGCAAUGCAAUAGUUGAGAAUAUCACUGACUACAUUUACUAGAAUAUGUAUACUCCGGUCUCCGGAUAAUUGACAAUUCGGAUAAACAGACUACUACGCAAAGUGCAAAUAUAAACUGCCAUAUGAGGAAAACAGUGGAUGAAGGAAAGAAGAAAUCAUGUCUGAAGGAGUGCCCUAUGCCUAUAUCAAGGAUCUGAAACCAGCACAGAAGAAUUUAAAUGUUAUCUUCAUUGUUCUAGAAGUUGGUCCGGCCACCAGGACCAAGGACAACCACACGGUUCGCUCCUGUAGAGUGGCCGACAAGACGGGCAGCAUCAACAUCUCCAUCUGGGAUGAUAUUGGGGAACUAGUGAUGUCUGGAGACAUCUGCAGACUUGUGAAAGGAUACACUAAUAUCUUCAAGAACUGCCUAACAUUGUAUGCAGGGAAAAAUGGGGGCAUCACAAAAAUUGGAGAGUUCUGUAUGCUGUUUUCGGAGCUGCCUAACAUGAGUGAACCCAAUCCAGAGUAUGCCAACAUGGGAAAAAAUAAGGAGCCCCUUCAGGAUCAAAGGAAGUCCCCAACAGAGGUAGAUGGGGGUGGGGCCCCUGCUGUCAUGUCACAGCUCAACAAUCCAGGGGGCCGGGGAUCACCACCUGUGAGACCAAACUCAGGGCAGACCAGACCUAUGGGCAAUGGACAGAAUUUCAACCAGAAUCGCCAGCCCCGCGCACAGGGCAAUCAAGGGCCAAGAAACUACGCCCCUCACAGAGCUCAACAGCAGUUCCCAGGCAAUAACCCUCAAAGUCGCAUGCAGGCCCAAGGUCAAGGGUCACAAAGAGGUCGCAAAUAGUGGCAUUCAAUUGAAGUUACAUCUUAGACAAGGUGUAAUGAGGUAAUGCUAUUUUAAGUUUUAAGAAGCAAACAAAGGUCAAGCCGUUGAGACUAUCAAAGCGUUAUACAUAGCAAGGACUAUCAACUACAUUGUAAUUAGCUGAUGCCUGUCUGUAUAAAGAAACCUGAGUACCAGACCUUGUGUGCAUGUGGGAUCUUAACAGGGUGUAGAUACUUACUCAAAGCCAGGAGGAGACUUACCUGGUGCUUAUUUAACCUGAAGGGACUUUACAGUGCGGUUUCAAUCAACAUAGUUUGGAAAGUGCUCUGUUAUUUAUCGCCAACAAAAUGUUGUUUUUGCAUAUCAUGUGUUCAUUGAAUAUGAACUGGGAAUUGAGAUGCUUCACUGACCACCAUUCCUGGACUUUUCUGUGCAAACAUCAUGCACACAAAUGUGACAACAACUGUGUGUUGCUUACUCCAGAGGUGAAAGUGAUUAAAAUUGUAAGCCUCAACAGGGUUGAAUGUCAUGUAACAGGUUUGCAAACUCUUGACAGUUUUCAAGAGAAUACAGAUUCUAACGCUUGACUUAGCAGACAUGAUGUGCAUGCAGUGUCACAUCAAUGUUGUUUCAGAUAUAAACAAAGAUCUAUCAAUGAACAAAGAUUGGAAACAUCAAUUCAAGUGUGUCAGGCAGGAGAUCUUGUAUCCUGUCACAGCCAUCUGUUAUGUUGCAUUAUCUUUGGCAUGUAAGCUUUUUCAAAUCAACAUAGUUUUAUUAGACAGCAUAAUAGAAGUAAAGUGGAGUAUCAAACAGAGUUUCAAUAUUUAUUGCAGCUUUAAAGAAUAAAUAUGAUUAAUAAAUCAUUUUAAGGGAACAUGAUAUACAAAAAUCAGUAAACUGAAAUGAACUUAGUGAUUGUAUCUUAAAUUAAUCAGGCAAUGUUCCCUGUAUUUCCCAAACAUUUUCAUUUAGAUAUUAAAUUUUAUAAAUAAAGUCUAAAAUGUAAUACAGAAUGUACAGCAUUAAAAAAACAACAAAUUAAUGAUUUUACCUUUACUUAUUACGGAUAAUCAAUUAAAUCAAGACAACGAUCUUGAAUAAACAUCUACUGUAUGAUAGAGGCAUGAAUGAUUUCUGUUCAUGGGAGAUGAUGUUCCAAGUGUAGAUUAAACACAUUAAUAAGUACAUGUAUAUCUGGGAAUCCAUAUGUCUGUACAUGUGUAGAUAAGAUUAUCAAGAUAAAAUAAUUAUCUUGAUACAUAUGAUACACAUCACCUACUCAUAACAUUCCAAAUGAUAAACAAGACGUAAUUUAUGCUUAGUUUUAUAAUCCCAAAACAAUGUACAUGUAUAUGAAACUUUUUUUUUCAAUCACUUAAUAACAAAUAAAAUAUUUACACUUAAAAACCUGUCAUCUCAGAAAAAAAAUUCCAAUAACGAGAUUCAUUAUUAAGGGAUCGAAAAUCGGGUUUAUCACGUGACUGAAAUCUCAGGGGGCUGUGAGAAUUGAUGUGAACUCAAGAUAAUAUGAAUCUUGAUUUAUUGAUAGAUCUUUGAUUUAAAUGAUAUAAUGUUUUGCCAGAGAUGAUUGUGCAUCCAGAGCAACAUCAAUGGUAUUUACGAUUUAAAUGAUUUCAUCAUGUUUUGUCAUCUUAAUAAAAUUGUGAUCAGGAAAACAUA